AAAAAGUCGCGAGACAAGAUUCAUUUAUAAACACAACAUUUAUAAAAUGACACCAGUCUCUUAACAAACAGCGGACAGGUCAAGUUCAUUUAAAUAUUUUAAAAUGAACAAGUUUUGUGCUUUGUUAAUUGUCGCUUUUCUAAGCAGCGUGGCGUGUAGAAGAUUAGCGCGGCAGACAAUGGAAGAAUUAUUAGAUGACAGAUACGGCUUUAACCAGCCAUGGCAAAGACCUCAGAAUCCAUGGAUGAGGCCCAAUCAGCCGUGGAUGCGGCCCAGUGAUCCUUGGGGCAGACCCAUGAACCCAGUGGAUCCUGUCCCCAAUCCUUUCCCCAAUCCUAAUCCAAUCCCCACAGCACCAACGCCGGCUCCCACACAGGCACCUGGCGGGUCUACGACAGAAUCCCCUGAUGUUCUAGCCUGUCAGCGGAACUGUCCAGGAACAGCUGAGUACAAUCCAGUAUGUGGCUCCAAUGGUAAAGAUUACGACAACCCUGGCCGACUUUACUGUGCCCAGAUGUGUGGAAUUUCUGUGACGAUGCUACGACAAUCAAAGUGCCCCACAACGCCAGCUCCUAUCAUAUAGUUUAUUAAGUUAUUGUACCAUAGAUAAGUAGGUAAUAAAAAUAAAAAAAUAA